AUGACCGGCUCCUGCAUCGCCCACUAUUUCGGAUCCUAUUUCGCCACCCAGCUCCACUGCAAAUCGCAGCGACUCCAAUCCCGCCGUGACCGAGCAGGACUGGCAGCUUCUGGAGGACUUCCAGGAAAUCUGUUCGAGCCGGAGCUUCAGACCUGCGAACGGUGCCGUGAACGGUGGAUGCGGGUCGCAUCCGUUGCCGACCAGAUGAUAUCCCGGACUGUUGCAAAGGCGCCAUUGACCGAACGCGGGCUCGUCAAUGGCGCCUUUGUGACGGUACAGGAUAUCAUCUGGGUGGCUACGGAUGUGGAUCGGUUGCACACUCGCCCCGACGCUCUUAUCGUGACGGUCGGUGGUUACUCUGGGCCGGCCUGGAAGACGGACGACCAGACGACCCCCUGA